AUGAGCCGGUGCGACCUCCUCUCGCUGCAGGGGAAGGCUAAGCGCGACCCGGAGGGGUAUCGCGACGAUGUGCUGAUGCAGCUCCAGCACUACAACGCCCUCCACGGGCUGUUCAUGCUGAAGCCCGGCAAGGACUUUCGCGAGUUUGCCGACCUCGUCGGCUUCCUCGCGCAAGUGUCCGCGUCCUACAAGGCGGACAUACCAUCCUUUCACGUCGGCCUCAUCGAGCUCCUCGAGAAGCACUACGCCCUGCUCGACCCGCACCUGCGCCGCUCCCUGGUAUCCGCGCUCAUCCUCCUGCGGAACAGGGGCAGCGCCACCGCCGCGGAGCUCCUGCCCCUCUUCUUCAAGCUCUUCCGAUGCCAGGACAAGCAGCUUCGCGUGAUGAUCUUUCGGCACAUCGUAGCCGACGUCAAGGGCGCGAACAAGACCCGGCGCAACGAGGCGCUCAACAGGCAGGUGCAAAACUUCCUGGCCGCCGCGUUGAAGGACGAGAACGAGGCCGCCGCCAAGAAGGCGCUCGCGGUCAUCACGGAACUCUACAGGAGAAACGUCUGGUCGGAUGCGAGAACGGUGAACCUCGUCGCAGACGCGUGUCGACAUCCGAGCCCGAAGAUCCUCGUGGCCGCCUUGAAGUUCUUCCUCGGGCAGGACGAGGCCGCGGAGGCUGCCGCGGAGGCGGGGGACGACAGCGACGACGACGAUGACGACGCGCCGAAGCCCAAGACGGGCGUCGGAACCGCCGCGGGUACGAGCAGCGGGGCAAAGAAGCAGGCCAAGCUCAAGCGCCAGAUGGCGUCCAUACGCAAAGCCGGACGGCGCGAGGAGGGCAACAACGGUGAAGCUCGAUUCGCCGCGAUGCAACUGGUGAACGAUCCGCAGGCUUUCGCCGAGCACCUCUUCGGCCGCCUGCAGAGCGGCAGCGCGCUAAAGUUUGACACGAAGAUGCUGCUGAUCCAGGUUGUGUCGCGCGUGGUGGGUCUGCACCGGCUGCACCUGCUGCACCUGUACCCGUUUCUGCAGAGGUACGUCCAGCCGAACCAGCGCGAGGUGACGCGGCUGCUGGCGUCCGCCGCCACCGCGUGUCACGAACUCGUCCCCCCCGACGCCCUCGAGCCCCUGCUCCGGCAGCUCGUGAACCAGUUCGUCCACGACAGGGCGAGGCCCGAGGUUGUCGCCGUGGGUAUCAACACCGUGAGGGAGAUUUGCGUGCGGUGCCCGCUGGUGAUGCACAGCGACUUGCUGCAGGAUCUGGCGCAGUAUAAGCGAGCCAGGGACAAGCCGGUGGCCACCGCGGCGAGGGCGCUCAUCGCGCUCUUCCGCGAACUCGCGCCGGGCAUGCUCGAGAAGAAGGAUCGCGGAAAAGGAGCCGAUUUGGAAAGGACCGUCGCCGCGUUCGGAGACUUCAAGGCGGAGGAUCGAGUCGCGGGCGCCGAGCUCCUGCAGAAGGAGGCGGCGAGGCUCCGACGAGAGGAGCGAGAGGCGGCCAAGGCUGCGGCGGAGGCGGUGAGCGACGGGGAAGAUGAUGGGGAGGAGGGUGGGGAGGAUGAGGAUGAGGAUGAGGAUGAGGAUGGGGAGGAUGGGGAUGAGGCAGAGGCGGAGGAGGCGGAGACGAACGCGGCGCACUCGGACUCGGAGGAGGACCUCGUGGAGCACACGCGGGUGCUCGAACCCGAGGAUUUUCGGCGGAUCAAGGCGCUUCGCGAGGCGGGCAAGCUGGACGCGGCUAUGGAGAAGGUCGGGGCGAAGAAAGCGAAGGAGACUGCGGCGGAGGAGAUGCGGCGGAUGCUUCGGCUCGCGGACCGUUCGAACGUCGCGGAUCGCAGGGCGCACGACAAGGAGACGAGGGUGGCGUCCGUGAUGGCGGGGCGCGAAGACCGCGGGGAGUUUGGCGCCAGUCAGGCGAGGAAGAACAAAAAGUCGGGGGGCACCAGCAACGUCGAGAAGAAGAAGAGGAAGAACAUGCCGCUCGCGGCGAGGGUGCAGGCGGCGGGGCGACGGCGGCGGGGUAGCGCCAAGUUCGGCGCGGCGAAGGCUGUCAAGGACAAGCAGUUCAAGGGGAAAUUCAGGAAGGGCGCGAACAACUGA